CUUUCCCCUCACUCUGGUAAUGCUGGCAGCAUCCAUCCACAGUACACACUGUGCUGUCUCUGUUCCAGAGAGAAUAUAUCAGUUCUGCACAGGGAGGAGAGGAUUAACACAACAUCAGCUCAUCUGCGUACACAUUCAGGGAACAAAUGAGCACCCAAGGCUUCUUCUCUUGUCUAUCCAACUCCAACCAUCACAGGACUUGAGACUCUCAUCGUUGGAGCAUUGUUCAUCCAAUUCUUGCUGUGGUGAGAGGAUUUAAAGGAGGACACAUACUUUUGCGUACUGGAUUUUGCGAUUUGUGUGUGCUGUUUUUGUUCACUUAGUUGAGAAUUGUCCAAUUGGAACAAUGCAAUUAAUAUUACAUAGUUUAAACUAGCUCUAAGCAUCCAGUUUUUUCCAGGGGGCCUCUAACUUUUUGGACGGCGCUAGAAGGUUUGCUGCUUGUUCAUCUGAUUUGUCCAACCUGAGUGUCAGAAUGCCAUCCAGGGAGUCUUACGAGGUCCAGAAGGGAGAGAAGUCCCUGGUGCAGAAGGCCAAGCUGGAGGCCAACCAGCAGGACAUACUGGCAGCUGCUCUGGGGAUGAGGAUCUCAGGACCCCAGAAACCUCCAGCCACAAUCUGGCAGCCUCUCAAACUGUUUGCCUAUUCACAGCUCACCUCGCUGGUCCGCAAAGCCACGCUGAAGGACAGCAGCCUGCCGCACAAGUACGAAAAAGUCCACAACUUCAAGGUCCACACGUUCCGGGGACCUCACUGGUGUGAAUACUGUGCCAACUUCAUGUGGGGGCUGAAGGCUCAGGGAGUCAAGUGUGCAGAUUGUGGUUUGAACGUCCACAAGCAGUGCUCCACUAUGGUACCCCGCAACUGCGUGCCAGACCUGAAACACGUCAAGAAAGUGUACAGCUGUGAGCUAACAACUCUGGUGAAAGCUCACAACACCAAGCGACCCAUGGUAGUGGACAUGUGCAUACAGGAAAUUGAAUCAAGAGGUCUGAAGUCUGAAGGGCUCUACAGGAUGUCUGGAUUCAGCGAUUCAGUCGAAGAUGUCAAGUCGGCAUUUGACAGAGAUGGUGAGAAGACAGACAUCUCUGCAAACGCUUAUGAAGAUAUCAACAUCAUCACGGGAGCACUUAAACUGUACCUCAGGGAUUUACCCAUUCCUGUCAUCUCAUACGAUGCCUACCCCAGGUUCAUUGAGGUUGCAAAGCUGGAAGACCCAGAGAAGCAGCAAGAGGCCUUCCGUGAGGCUCUGGAACUUCUGCCUGCAGCACACAGUGAAACCCUGAGGUACCUCAUGGUCCAUUUAAAGAGGGUAACGUUGAAUGAGAAGGACAACCUGAUGAAUGCCGAGAACCUGGGAAUUGUUUUCGGGCCCACCCUCCUGCGUGCCCCAAACCUGGAUGCCAUGACGGCACUCAACGACAUCCGUUACCAACGGCAGGUGGUGGAGUUCCUUAUAAAAAAUGAAGACACCCUCUUCUGAAAACAUACAUCCAUUCUGCUGAGAUAUGGAAGGAACGAGACACUUUUUUUUGUAAAACAGCUUGAUGCUGCCUAAUCACUUUUUUUGUGCGAGGACUUGAAUAGUAAGGCAUCUUUGUAUUACAUUUGUUAUAUAUCCAUUUCCACUUCUAGUGGAUUAGUGCUGAACCACACUUUUUCUUCCCCUGUAACGGGUGUGGAUGAUGAUGUACCUUAAACUUUGCAUGUCUGUCUCCCCAUUUUUGUCGGGGCUUGUGUAGAACACUGAUGGACCAGACUUGGCCACGUCUUUAUUUUGUAUAGCUUUGUAGAAGUAACCCAGCAUGUGGUAAAGAUUGUGAAACAUUGUUACUCUGCUAUUAUUUGUCCUGUAGAUGUACAGUACCUCCCGCCCGGUUGCCUAUUAGGCAAUUGUUUUUGUGAAACAUUGUAUACCUGGAUGUGAAAUAGACUACUGUGUCUUCUCUGAACCUUUGUAAUGAUCUUUGACUGAUCCUGUCUUGUUUGCCUUUUCAGCUGUUUUAUAUGCAAGUCUUCUUUAGGGGAAAUUCAAAGCCUCUUUCAAUCAGAAAACAAGUAAUCAGUGUACUUUUAAAUGUUCUGUUACAUUUCCCGACAGUCAAAACUUUAUUGCAUUCAAACUACUACAUUUGUGCAGUUAAUGUUUUUUUAUUGUAAUAUUUGUUUACUUAAUUUGCUCAUGUACAUUUUAAUUUAUUAAACCUUGCUUUCUGAAAAUGCACUGGUAUGGCCUGAGUCAUCGCAAUUGUUCCAGUAACAAUGAAGCUGUUGAAUAAGCAUUUAUUGCAGUGCAUGAUAAUUUUAGAAUAUGGUACAAUAUGUCCAGACACCAGACAUUGAAGUACAUGGCAUGCUACAUUUGCGUGCACUUGCAAAAUGACCUUGAUAAAGGGGGCUGUUCCUCUCAAUCUGCAUAUUGAAAUGAACAGGCAGUGCUAUAGACGGCCCAGGGCCCACAUGACCGUGUGCAGCGUCCCCUCAAACUAUGUGUCAAUCACAAUGAUUCGCUCUUGAGAUUAAAACAAAACCCACAAUACCUUUAGGCACGGCCUUCUCUCCAUCCAGAUGUUUAAUUGCUGGAUACAUAUGCAAACAUUGUCCCUUGGGGUUUAUGCAUUUUUAGGUUUAAUUAACCCACAAGCAAUUUCUUUCCACACAUUUUCCAAAAGCCAGUGAUGUCUUAUCUUCCUUACUCGCGGCUCAUUAUAAGAUCAAAGUGUACCCUUGCAUUUGUGCUGCCAGUGAACUAAAGCUGUUGUUAUUUUGGUUCAUGUGUUUUUCCUGAUUGAUUCAUACACUUUCCGCUGAGGGGUAUACUAUAAAAUAGGAUCAAUGAGUUAGCCAGCUAACUUUAAUAAGCAACCAUAAAAAAACAUUUGAUUUUCAGAUUCAUUAAGAAGGCUAAACAGUCAGGUCCAUAAUUAUUGGCAACCUUGAUAAAGAUGAGCAAAAAUGACUGUAUAAAAUAAAUAAUACAAAAGACUGAGCUAUAUUGUUUACAAAAACAAACGACAUGAAAUUAGAGCUCUUUGGCCAUGCACACCACUGGUGGCUUUGGCGUUGAAAAAUAGAAGCAUAUGAAGAAAAGUAUCUCAUACCUACAGUCAAAUAUGGUGUUGGUGUCUUUGAUGUUAACGUCAACUUUACCAAGUAACAGGACAUUUUUUGCCAAAAACCUGAGUUCCUCUGCCAGGAGGCUGACACUUGGCCGCAAGUGGAUCUUCCAGCAAGACAAUAACCCCAAGCACUAAUCAAAAUCCACAAAUAAAUGAUUAAUUGACCACAAAAUCAAUCUUUUACAAUGGCCAUUUCAGUCUCUGGACUUGAACCCCAUUGAAAACCUGUGGUUUGAAUUGAUGAGGGCCGUCCAUAAGCACAGAUGAAGGACAUCAAGGAUCUGGAAAGAAUGUGUAUAGAGGAAUGUUCUAAGAUCCCUUACAAUAUGUUCUCCAAUCUCAUAACGCAUUUUAGAAAAAGGCUCAGUGUCGUUAUCCUCACAAGGGAAGGGUACUAAAGUAUUGAAAACAGGGGUGCCAAUAAUUUUGACACCUAUCUCUUUUAGCACAUUAUUUAUUACUUGUUAAACAAAUGUUCUUUCACUGAGCAAUUGUAUCAGUAUAAAAUAAUAUAAUUUCCCAAACAAUUUUUGCAUUCACUAUUCCUCACUAUUUAUAUUAUUUAUUUUAUAAAAUAAUUUUUGCUCAUCUUUAUCAAGGGUGCCAAUAAUUAUGGACCUGACUAUAUAUGUGUUUUGGUUGUUGAGUCAAUUAGAGCAUGCCCAUUUUAAGCUGAACUUUCUUUAAAAGUAAAAGUUCAUUCCAAAAAUAUUUAGGCAAGUUAGCUGGCUAAUUCCUUGAUCCUGCUUUGUAGUAUACCCCUUAGGAGAUCUCACUGACCAUGGUUUCUUGGUGGAGAACCACAGCCAUCCUGAAUGACAGCAUGUGAAAUCCCAUGAUGUGAAAUCCCAUUAAAUGCUCUGCCAUUGUUCUCGUAGUGGAAACACUACGCAUUUAGGCUGGAUUAUUAAAAACGAUCUACACG